CGCGUCCCCUGGGGAAGCGAUCAGAGAGCAUCCGUUGGUUUUGUGAACAGAGGAUCCGUCCGGACUGUUUAAAGGGCCCGCGGGCUCGGGUGACGGCCCUCCGCCGCGUUCGUUCCCUUCUGGCUCUUCCCGCGCAGCUGCGCCUUGGCCGUUGCUGUCUGGUUCCUUCUGCCCCUCCUCCGCCUUAGGACUCCUCGAGCCAUGUCUUCGCCGGCGUCUACCCCGAGUCGCCGCGGCAGUAAACGCCACAGAGGCGGCACUAAUCCCCCUACGCCUCUUUCUGAAGAUGUACAAUCCCCUCCAUCACAGCGCCGUCGCCCAGAUGACUCCACAUCCACUGGAGACUUGCAACCAAUGCCAACUUCUCCACCAAUUGACACACAAAGCCCAAAUGUUCAAGAUGCUCUAUUUUCCAGUCCACUGCAGUUCCAAAAUUCAGUUCCAUUGGACUUGGAUGUUAGUUCACCACUGACCUAUGGCACGCCCAGCUCUAGAGUAGAAGGAACCCCAAGGAGUGGCGUGCGAGGGACUCCGAUUCGACAGAGGGCUGAUCUUGGAUCUGUUCGUAAAACCAGGCAGGUGGAUCUGCAUUCUGAUGUGCCUUCAGCAGAGGAUGCAGUGGCAAGUGAACAGGCUCUUGGACAAAAGCUUGUGAUUUGGGGGACAGAUGUCAAUGUGGCCUCAUGCAAAGAAAAGUUCCAGAGAUUUCUUCAGCGUUUCAUUGAUCCAACGGCUAAAGAAGAAGAAAAUGUUGGAUUGGACCUUAAUGAGCCUCUGUAUAUGCAAAGACUAGAGGAGAUAAACUUGGUUGGAGAACCAUUUUUGAAUGUAAACUGUGGCCAUCUCAAAUCAUUUGAUGAAAAUCUUUACAAGCAGCUGAUGUGUUAUCCCCAGGAAGUUAUUCCAACAUUUGAUAUGGCUGCUAAUGAAAUUUUCUUUGAUCGUUACCCUGACUCAGUACUGGAACAUCAAAUUCAAGUUAGACCAUACAAUGCAUUAAAGACCAGAAGUAUGAGGAGCCUAAACCCAGAAGACAUUGACCAGCUUAUCACUAUAAAUGGCAUGGUAAUCCGAACCUCCCAGUUAAUUCCAGAAAUGCAAGAAGCUUUCUUCAAAUGCCAGGUCUGUGCUUUCACAGCAAGAGUAGAAAUUGAUCGUGGCAGGAUUGCUGAACCAUCAGCCUGCAAAAACUGUAACACCACGCAUAGUAUGGCUUUGAUCCACAAUCGCUCUCUAUUCUCAGAUAAACAGAUGAUCAAACUGCAGGAGUCUCCAGACGAUAUGCCAGCUGGCCAGACACCAUACACAAUUGUUCUCUUUGCUCACAAUGAUCUAGUGGAUAAGGUUCAGCCAGGUGACAGAGUUAACAUUACAGGCAUCUACAGAGCGGUUCCUGUUCGUGUCAUUCCAAGAAUGAGCAGUGUAAGAUCUGUCUAUAAGACCCACAUUGAUGUUAUUCAUUACUGCAAAACUGAUUCAAAACGUUUGCAUGGCAUUGAUGAUGGAGCUGAACAGAAAAUGUUUACGGAGGAACGUGAGAAAAUGCUUGAAGAGCUUUCUAGAAAACCAGAUAUUUAUGAUAGGCUUUCUUCAGCACUUGCUCCAAGUAUUUAUGAGCAUGAAGAUAUUAAAAAGGGCAUUCUUCUUCAGCUAUUUGGAGGAUCAAGGAAAGAUUUCAGCCACACUGGCAGAGGUAAUUUUCGUGCUGAGAUCAACAUUCUGCUCUGUGGAGAUCCUGGUACCAGCAAGUCACAGUUGCUUCAGUACAUCUAUAACCUAGUUCCAAGAGGCCAGUAUACAUCUGGGAAAGGCUCUAGUGCUGUUGGUCUUACAGCGUAUGUGAUGAAGGAUCCUGAAACGAGACAGUUAGUACUACAGACUGGAGCCUUGGUCCUCAGUGACAAUGGGAUUUGCUGUAUUGAUGAGUUUGAUAAAAUGAAUGAAAGUACAAGAUCAGUGCUUCACGAAGUCAUGGAACAACAAACGCUGUCUAUUGCUAAGGCUGGAAUUAUUUGCCAGUUGAAUGCUCGUACCUCUGUCUUGGCUGCUGCUAAUCCAAUAGAAUCCCAGUGGAAUCCGAAGAAAACUACUAUUGAAAACAUUCAACUUCCCCAUACAUUGUUAUCUAGGUUUGAUCUCAUUUUCCUUAUGCUGGACCCUCGAGAUGAAGCAUAUGAUAGACGUUUGGCCCACCACUUGGUUGCAUUAUACUAUCAAACUGAAGAGCAGGUGGAAGAAGAGUACAUGGAUAUGGCAGUAUUAAGAGAUUACAUUGCUUAUGCUCGUAGUUACGUCAGUCCAAGACUGAGUGAAGAAGCAAGUCAAGCUCUCAUUGAGGCAUAUGUGGAAAUGAGGAAGAUUGGAAGUGGUAGAGGAAUGGUUUCUGCAUAUCCUCGACAGUUGGAGUCUUUGAUUCGUCUGGCAGAAGCGCAUGCUAAAGUACGCUUUUCUGACAAGGUGGAAACGAUAGAUGUAGAAGAAGCAAAACGUCUUCAUCGUGAGGCUCUGAAACAGUCUGCUACUGAUCCAAGGACUGGAAUUGUGGACAUCUCCAUCCUCACUACAGGAAUGAGUGCCACUGCCCGUAAACGCAAAGAAGAACUGGCUCAAGCUUUGAAGAAACUUAUUCAGUCAAAGGGUAAAACACCAGCUCUAAGAUAUCAGCAGCUCUUUGAUGAUCUUCGUGCACAAUCUGAAACAGCUGUUACUAAAGAAAUGUUUGAAGAAGCACUUCAUGCAUUGGCAGAUGAUGACUUCUUGACUGUGACUGGGAAGACUGUUAGACUACUCUAAAUGAACCUCUAGCUUUACAAUAAUCGAAUUCUAAAAAUUGUUUCUUGCUACAACCUCUAGCUUUUGUACAAGAUAUGUAUGUAAUUUUAAAGAUACCAUUUGCUAUUGGACUGGGAUUGAGCCAGGAGGACAUAAAUAUCACUAUUGAAAAUUAGUGUCAAAUUUUUAGCUUUUAAAGACAAUUUUUUGGAACUGUGGCUUAUAAUUUUAUUCACACUUUUUUCUCAGCAUUCAUAUAAAGCAGGUUCUGUACAUUUAAAACGUUAGUAUGAGUAGCAGUUUUGAUAGAAUACAUACAUACAUUUGCAUUCCUAUGUUUGGCUAUAGCACUGCUUCCACAUAUUAAUACAGCCAGUAAAGAUUUUGUUUGUAAUAAAGUACAAUCAAUCUGGAUUUUUUGCGCAUUUCAAAAAAUGAACAUAGAUGUAUUGGCUUGACUGAACGUCAGUUUAAAUUUUGUAUUCAUGAGUCUUUAUAAAAUGAACUCAGUUCAGACAUAAUGCCAAACUAUAGGUUUGAGCUUCCAGAUACACAGCAGGUAAACUGUUUUAUAGCUGCUUGUCCAGUUUCAUAUUUCCUCUGCUCAGCGUGUGGUUUCAUAAAUUGAUUCCCUUCUGCAUGAUGUAGAAGGGAAUGACCUAUCUUGACCUAUCUUGACCUAUCAACCUAACUUAGGCCUUAGCUAGACCUAAGGUUUAUCCCGGGAUCCCCUGUGUAUCACUUAGAUGAACAGGGAUGACCCCGGGAUAAACCUUAGGUCUAGCUAAGGGCUUAGUUUAAACAUAAAGACAAAUUACAGUUAGCCUACAUUCAGAAAUAUUGGCCAGGUUUGCACAACUGGGGAAGCCAUCGUAGCUUAUUUUCCCACCCUGUAUGUACUGGUUGCAUGCUACAUCACAACCAUAAUGGCCAGGCUGAGCACAGUUUGUCUGAACUUCAUGAGGGUGGGUUACAAACCAACCCACAACAAGCUAUGGGAUACGGGGUGGUUUGUAAGCUCACCUGCUGCACACUCUCACCAGGUUCAGAUAACACGACAAAUCACACCCGGCAAUGGUCAUUACAGUAAUGAUGCAAUACAUGACCAGCACACACAGGGUAGGAAAAUAAGGUACAUUGGCUUAUUUUCCUUCCCCUAUCGUGCAAAUCCAGCCAUAGACUGGGCUCACGCAACAUAACUCACAUGCGAGAAUUGAGCGUUGGUUGUCUUUGAACCAUGGUUGGUUGUUGAAACUUGGGUUAAUGUUAUCUGAACCCAGCUGCACUAGCAAACCAUGGUUUGUUAACUGAAGAUACUAUGGUUUGUUGUUGGGUUGAUUAAUAAACUAUGGUUUGUUAAUGGGCUGUGUUCAGACAUGAUAAACAAAAUUUCAUUGACAACCCACAAUCAGCCCCUAAACAAGGGUUAUUGUGUUGUCUGAACCCAGCAAUUGACUGGGUUCAUACACCACAACAAACCACUUAUGGUAAGUUGUCAUGUCCCAACCCAGAAGAGCAAUUUUAUCAUGGGUUGCUGAUAUUGGCUACAGAGCUGCUUGGGAAGAGGAGCGAAAAGGCUUGUGCCACUCUUCCUGAUCUCACCAAUGCUGCCUCCAGCCUCCCUCACCAAUGACUGGCUCGCCACUGAUGUCUAAAUGGUGUCUGUG